AUGAAAUUUCCUUGGUCCACAUCAAUUGUGGAUGUUCUAAAGAAUGACAAUAAGUUGGAUGAGAAACUGCAGGAAAUCGUAAAAGCCUUGACGCAUCACAAAGAAGAUAUCACUCAAGUUGUUGAAGAGCUCGGACCAGCAUUAACUCAUAAAGAUGUUGAAAUACGAUUGAAAGGCAUGGAGUUUCUAUCUGAUUUGCUGAGAAGCCUUCCUAAAGAUUUAUUGGAUGAGAAAGCUCUCGGAUUUAUUGUCGCAUUCUAUUGCGAUCGAAUGAAGGAUCAUCAUUCAAUAUCUCCACAAGUUAUUAUUGGACUUGUAGCAAUCAUCAAGAUGAAGAAUCUUCCAAGAUCAUCGCCUGUCUUGGUUCUGCAACAAAUUUUCGCUAACAUCCCAUGUCAGACUCAAGUCAGAGGAGAUCGUGCCAACAUUUUUACUAUCAUUCAAUACUUAUCAGAUAAUUAUCAAGUGGAACUUCAAGCUAUGGGUGCUGAUUUUAUAUAUGGAGUCAUACAGGCAGUCGAGGGUGAACGUGACCCUCGAAAUCUCGUUUUUCUAUUCGAAUUUAUGCCUCGAUUUAUCAAUACGUAUCCACUUCGUCAUCUUUCUGAGGAAAUGUUCGAAGUUUUCUCCUGCUACUUCCCUAUUGACUUCUUCCCAUCACCAAAUGAUCCACAAGCGAUAACUCGCGAUAUACUCGCUGAAAAACUUUCCGUUUGUCUAUGCGCAUCAAAAGAAUUUGCCGAAAAUUGUUUUGCUUUAGCUUUGGAAAAGUUGGAAACUGACGUGAAAGUCGCUAAAUUGGAUUCGUUGAAUUUGCUAAUCAAAGCUGUGACAAAUUUCGAGCCAACAUCGGUUUUGGAGAAAUUCGAUGAAAUUUGGCAAUUUAUGAAACUUGAACUUCUCUCUGGUGCCAAAGACAAAGAUGUCAAUGAGACAGCAUUAGCUGUCAUAUCUGCUGUGUUGAAGAAAUUUAAAAGUGAUCAGGCUAAUAGUGAAAUAAUCUUGAAUAAGAUUUUCACAAACACGAUUGGAACGUUGUUGAAUCGUGAUUCAAAUCUUUAUAAGCCAACAAUGGAGUUGGUAUUGAAAUGUGCCAAUGCAACUGACAUUUCAUGUGGAUAUGUCAUCAAUAAAGUUUUACCAAUUACUCUAACGGAUUUGACAAGUAACGAGGAAUUAACUGUGAAGGAAAAAUGCGAAGUUCUUGAAGAUUUUCGACAAUUUAUGAUGAUAGUUGGUGGGAAAAAAUUAUUGGCUCACUAUAUCGGUGACAAUUACAUUCUUCAGAUUCAAAAAGAGUUGAUGAAAGUUCUCAUGACUCCAUCAAGCGAAGACCUCACAAAAGUAACUUGUUUGGUGCUUCAAAGCAUGGCAGAUAUCAUUAGUGAUGAGAAUCGUCAAAUCGUUUAUAAAUCACUUAAAGAAAAUCUGACAAGAUCAACAGAAGAACAACGACAAUGCAUCUUAGCAUUCGCCAAAGUGUUUCCAAAAGAAGUUCGAGAGAAUGUACUUGAAAGUUUUUUAUCUCGAACAUAUGAAGAUGCAAAUAAAGCUAAAAAUGUAUUUGCGACAUUGUCAUUUCUUCUGGAAGUAUCUGAGCUCAGAGAUUCCGUCAUUGAAGUGUUGAGUUUGAAUUUAUUCAACAACAAGAACUUGCAAGUUCAACUUGUUGUGUUGGAAGUUUUAAACAAAGUUUUGAGCUCUGAAAAUUGUCAUCAACUCGCUCGAAUUUUAUUUGAUGAAUGGAGAAUUGUCAUCAAGUUAAUGGAUUUAAUUAAAAAUGAGAAUCCAGACGAAGGCCAAGAUGUGAUGUACCAAGCAUCACUGGUAAUGAGUCUCGUCGUUCGAACACUUCCAAAUGAUCAACAAAUGGCACUUGUUGAGAAAUAUUUGCCGUUGAUGAAGUUGAAUGAAUCGAUUCCGGAUCUUUACGUUACUUCUGGUUUGUUGGGAUUCCUCGAUGCUGCAGUGCCAAUGGAAGCACACUUUGAAACGCUUGUAAAUGAACUAACAAAACUUUCUUUACACAGCAAUGAUGAAGUUGUAAGAAAACUCGCGAAUCAAUUGCUUUGUAGUUUAUUUAAUCGCGCUCCCAUCGACGAUAAACAUCGAAAGAUUUUGCGUAAGAUUUAUGAUGUUAUAAAGGAAGAAGUUAAGAAACAUAAUCACCAAGCUGUAGAAAUUCUGGGAUGGAUCAGUAAAGGUUUACUUGCUCGUGGUCAUCCAGAUGCUGCUGAGAUACUCGAAACACUUUCAGAACUUCUCGAUCAUCCAAAACUAUCGAAAUCUGCUGAAUUGGCUUUUGAAAUUAUUUCUCUCGAAUUUCCACAACUCCAUUUGCCACUUUUGAAGCAUUUCUUCAAACAGAGGAUUUUCGUGUUGGCAUUAAAGUUCUUGGAAAAUAAAAUUGAGAAAUACAGCGAACAUCAUUUGACUGCAAUGGCUCAUAUACUUCAAAUCACACCACAUCAAGCUUUGAAAAUGAAUUUAGAGAAGGUCGGCCCGAUUCUCUUUAAGUGCGUUCAAAUUGAUCCUGAAGAUCCAAAGCCACACUCAAAGCGCAUUCUUCUGAGUCUGAAAAUCAUCAAUAACUUCAUUCAUGACAAAAAUCAGUACAUUUUGAAUCAUCUUCAACAUCUCGUCAAUGAUUUGUUGAAACUUUCUCAAUUCAAACCAUCAAUGGAUGUCCGCAUCAUGGCAUGCAAAUGUCUGGAAAAUAUAACAAAAUAUCCACUUUUCACUUUGGUGCCAUAUAAAAGUGACGUCAUUCAUGAACUUACAAUUCCAUUAGAUGAUCACAAGAGAUUAGUAAGAAACGCUGCUGUAUCCGCGAGAAUGGCUUGGUUUCUUCUUGGCGAAAACGAUGCUGCACAAAGCUCAAAGUAGAUAAGUCAAGCUCAAUUAAGUGUGUGACUUCAGGAUCAAUUAAAAUUUAAAUCAAACUUUGAUGUUUACAGUUUACAAUUUAAUGUUACAUUUCGACUCUUAAACGUUUAAUCAAAUAUAUGUUAAAAUGUUUCAUAUGAAAAAAAAUCUCAAC